AAUGAGGAUGCCGUAGCCAAGAAAACUGAAGGCAAAAGUUUGUGAAAAGAUUGGUUAACUUAAUACCGUGGAGGUCGCUGGUUGCGGGUACUACAGAUCCUGUUUUCGCUAACACGAAUAAACAUGCAAACAUUUCUAUUGCUGUCAGUCAGAAUAAAAGGAAGUAUAAGGAGCGUAACAUUUGUCGUCGUCUUAAAUGAUUUGUUUACUACGACCACCGAAUGGUUGCAUUUUUUUUUUUUUUUUUUUUUUAUCAUUUACAAGAUAGGCAAAGAAGACACUAGGAAAUCUCCAGGUGUCAUUGUGAUAGUCACGAUGUUGAAGUCGUGUUUGUUGACAUCGCAGCUGAGAUCAUGAGGUGUUUGUUGUGACUGUGAUUGUUGACUGACUAAAGCUUUGUGUUAUCAGUCCUGUUAGUAGCUGCCUAUCCGUUUCGUCUACCUGUACUUUAACAGUUCGUGCCAAAGGAAGAACUGAAAUAUUUCUAGCAUUUCAUCACAGUCCAUAAAGAAUUUAAACAACUGAUUCACCUGAAAAUGUCUGUGGCACUGGACCCUAACAGUAUCCAAGUGACAUCUUUCAAGAUGAUCAAGACAGAAUUUAGUCAGGAUAAUAAUAAUGUCAUCAACACAACUCAGACUGAGUACUCAGAAACCAAAACGGAUGUUCUCACAGAUGUUACAACAGCACCACAGGUGAAUUCACUGCAUUCUGAGCAUGCUCCAGCAGAAUUAAAUGGUGAACCUGUUAUUAAUGCACAGAGUGUAUUAACUGUAGAAGCAUUUCCUGAUCAAGAGACCAAACUUGCAGAUGAAACAGCAAAUAACGCUCAUUCAACUAAGGUGGAUUCUGCACACAUUGAUUCAGUUUUAGUACCAGCUUCUUCAGGACCACAAGCCCAUGUUAUUUCAAGCUCCUUGCCUGCAGAAAGAGAUACAAAUGACCCACUCCCAGCUGAAAAUCUGUGGGCCGUGAAGCGGGAAGAGCCGGUUAUUUUACGCAUGAAAGACAAAGGACCUGGAUCAGAAAAGCCUUUGACAGUCCCUGAAUUUCUCAAAAUGACAGCCCAGAAAAUACCCAAUAAAGAUGCCCUUGCUGUCAAACGUAAUGGUCAGUGGAUGAAGCUGACUUAUGCAGAAUACUACAACAGUGUGAUCGAUGUUGCCAAAGGUUUUAUUAAACUGGGUCUGGAGCCCUACAAAGGUGUUGGAAUCAUUGGAUUCAAUUCUCCAGAAUGGUUUUUGGCAGACUUGGGAGCCAUUUUCGCAGGAGGGCUGGCCGUUGGCAUAUACACCACCAACUCUCCAGAGGCAUGCCAAUAUGUGGCUUCCAACUCUGAGGCAAACAUUAUUGUUGUCGAGAAUAACCAACAGCUGCAGAAGAUUCUUAAAGUUAAGCACCAGCUCCCAGAACUCAAAGCGAUCGUGCAGUACACUGGAGAAGUGGCAUCUCGUGAGCCUUUCAUCUAUUCAUGGACACAGCUUAUGAAACUAGCAGAGGAAGUUCCAGAUGAUGUCUUGAAGGAGAGAAUGAAACUGCUUGCUCCAAACAAGUGUUGUACCCUCAUCUACACAUCUGGAACCACAGGGAAUCCAAAGGGUGUGAUGCUUAGCCAUGAUAAUUUGACAUGGACUGCUCUGUCGGUAGCUAAAGCAUCCAGUCCACACCUGAAAAGCUUACCUUAUGAGCAGUUAUGUUUAGUGAGCUACUUGCCCUUGAGCCAUGUAGCAGCCCAGCUUCUAGACAUGUAUUGCACUAUCAAACUUGGUGGGACUGUGUAUUUUGCUCAGCCUGAUGCACUGAAGGGAUCGCUGCAACAGACUUUGCUGGAAGUUCGUCCACAUGUCUUCUUUGGUGUGCCACGUGUGUGGGAAAAGUUUCAAGAAGCUAUACAAAGUGCAUCCCGUAAUUUACCAGGCUAUAAGAAGAAGUUAUCAAACUGGGCACAGGGCAUUGGCCUGAAAGGAAACUACAGCCUUAUGAAUGGGGACAGUUACCCUUUUGGUUGGUCAAUAGCCAAGAGUUUGGUCUUCAAGCGAGUACGAAAAACCAUGGGGUUGGACCGCUGUUAUUUGUGCCUGUCGGGAGCUGCCCCAAUCACAAAAGAAACCUUGGAUUUCUUCCUUGGUCUUGAUAUCCAAGUCUUUGAAGUGUAUGGCAUGAGCGAGUCAUCAGGUCCUCACUGCACAGGGUUUCCAGGGUUGAGUCGUGUUACCAGUGUGGGACCAGAGCUACCUGGUAUCAGUACUCGACUUCACAAUCCAGAUGGUGAAGGCAAUGGAGAGAUUGUGAUGUCUGGAAGACAUAUAUUCAUGGGCUACCUAAAUGAAGAGGCCAAAACUCGAGAGACUUUGGAUGACAAUGGAGACCUCAGGACAGGAGACAUUGGCAGAAAAGAUAAUCAGGGAUACCUCUAUGUUACUGGUCGAAUUAAAGAAUUAAUAAUCACAGCAGGAGGAGAAAAUGUAGCACCAAUACCCAUAGAGGAUGCUGUGAAGGAGGCCCUUCCCAUUGUUAGUCAGUGCAUGGUAGUAGGAGACAAGAAGAAAUUUCUGUCCAUGCUCCUGACACUGAAGACUGUGAUAAACCCUGACACUUUAGAGCCAUCAGACAACCUGACUCAAGGUGCGCUGGACUGGUGCCAUUCCAUCGGCUCGAAGGCCACCACAGUGUCAUAUAUCCUGAGUGCUAAUGACACGGCAAUAUUGAAUGCCAUUCAAAAAGGGAUUGACAAGGCAAACAGCCAGUCAGUGUCAAAUGCUCAGAAGAUUCAGAAGUGGUCCAUUUUGCCAAAAGAUUUUUCUGUCCCAGGUGGUGAACUAGGCCCCACAAUGAAAAUGAGACGGCCCAUAAUCAGCAAGAUGUACAUGAAGACCAUUAAUGCCUUCUAUGAAGAGUAAUUCUGCUUCACUGUCAUCACAUUUCUGGCAUCUCAGAAAGUUCCAUCGUUCAUUCCACCACCAAAAUUUCUCAGGAAUUUUCCAAACAAACUACUAUUUUUCAGUUUUGGAAAUUCUUCAUUGAGUUUGUCAAAAAUAAAAUCAUCAUGAAAUAUUUGCUCAUUUUAAUCAUCCGUGCUACGAAAAUCAGAAUUAUAUGUUUUUUUAUGAUUUACAUGGUUGAAAUAGUAUGUAUAUAUGUUACAAAGUUGAAUCCUUUCUACAGAAGAACUAUGAAUGCCAUUUACAACCGAAGUUUUGUGGUGAAAUUAUAUUUUAUUCCAUUUUUAAAUAUCUAUACAUCUGUGCAUUUUCUAUAGUGAUUGUACUACAGUCAGUUACCAUGUACGUGUGUGUUUGUGUUUUUUUUUUUUUAACAUAUUUUUCGAAUCUGCAAAUACCUAUAACAAACAUUGUUAUGAAAUAUUUGUAUUAAUCAUUUCACUAACGUUCUAAUUGCACUGCUGUCUGAGUGGGACUGCAUUCAUGAGAAUUUGUGGGAAUUUGAGCUUUUUGCUUCUUCUGUAAAUUUGAUCUUAAUAAAUAGUUCUUUUGAACUGACCCUUCUGUUAUAUUAUCAUAUGUUAAAAAAAAAACAAGUGCAAUUAACCCUGCUGCUGUGAUCACAAACAAGAGAUAAGCUUUGUUUCUGCUGCUUUCCUCCCCUAAAUUGUAAAGAAUAGAAAAGUGUAUUAUUGCAGUGUACAUGAGAUACCAUAAAUAAUCUGACAUAAGGUUUGUGGACAAAAGUAUGCAAGUAAGAAUGCACAUUACAAAAGAAAAAUAUGAUUUUUGCACUGAAUGAAUCUCUUCCAGAAUGUGGUGCAGUGGACUUUUUUUUUUAUUCCAGAAAAUCAUCUUGGACUGCAAAGAUGUUCACUAUAAUUACAGUUGUAUUCCAUGAUUUACCAUAUUACAGAGUUGAAGAGAUAACAUGUCGAAAGUGAUGGAGGGAGGUGUAGGGUAGCUGAAUAUGAAGGGAUUAGUUUAAUGUUGGUUCUUUAUGUCUUUGCUUUCAUGGAAUGUCUUCUAAAAUAGUAGCUUGAUUUUGUCAACUUCAACACUAACACUAUGUAUGUAUGUGAACAUGUAUGUAGAAAACGGUGGCAAAGAAGAGGGUGUACAUGUGUUUAGGGCAGGGCCGUGCUUAGGGGCAGGCGGACGAGGCAUCUGCCUAGGGCCCCGCGCUUUUGAUUGAUAUGGUAACUAGGCAUAUGGAAGUGUAGUCAGCCGUGGCGUGAGGGCCCCGCACAUGCCCUUUGCCUCGGGCCCCGCGGGGGCUAAGAACGGGCCUGGUUUAGGGGUGUGUUUGCAUUCAUAUGCAAGAAACUAGAAUAUGGGAAACAGAUUGUAUUCCUCUCUAUGUAUGGAAAGUAAUUUUGCUAUGCAUCAACACCUUCUAUUUAAUUGUCUUUUGCUUGAGAAUAGCAUCAAUUUAAAAAUAUUUUUCUCAUUCUAUGUUAAACUAUUUUCAAAUGUCAAAACUCUUUUAAAAUUAUGAAUUUAUAAUGCUGUUGUAAUGCUUCACUGUUCAAAAGCAUUUCUUGUGACUAUUCAUGCACAUUCUGUGUGAAUGAUGAAGUCAUUCAGUGAAAACCGAUGGGGAAAAAAAUCAGUUUAUCAAAAUUGGGAGUCUGUCAAAUUUUAAUGUCAAGCUGCAGUUUAUAAUUAUUUACCAGAAGUAUCUGAAAUAUAUUUAAAUGAUUUGUUUGAAGACAUUUUUUAAUCCUGGUAUUUCAUAAAAAAGCUUAAACAUUUGUAUGCUGUAGAUGGCUUACACAUAUUAUGACUUGUACAUCUUUAAACCGAUUAUCUAGUUAGCCAUUCAGUUUGAGUGAUUAGUUACCUUAUGACAAUCCACAAAAUGUCGAAGUUGUGAGGCUUCCAGAGGAAAGGGGGUGGUUCUUUUAUGAGUUAAUAAACUCUCAAAUCAUUAAAAUUAGCAUGCCAGCUUGUAAGUUCGAAACUUAACAAAAUUAUAGACUGUCCUAAAGAAUUAUCGAAAAUUUGUAUUUUAAUAUUUAUUUGGUAUACAUCUAGCUCUAGUUAAUCAAAGUGUAUGAUGAAAUAUAUUCCCUUAAGAUUUUUUUUUUAUAAUUUAUUCCUUUCAAAUAUUUUGUUAAAGAUACCAGUGAUGUUCAUAGGAGAGAAUUAUUUGCUUUGUCUUUCUUGCUAUCCAUUGCAUUCUUUCCAUCAUCAGGAUCUGUGUAACUCGUUCUCCACUGCCAAGCAGGCUUGGUACUUGCGUUUCAAACUGUCUAAAGUGUUUUGAUAUAAACUGAUAUGCGGACAGAAGUGGUUUACAACUGCACUGAUUCAUAUAUUGAAGAUCACAUUAAAAUGUCUAUGCAUAUUGUCUUUUUCCAUCUGUCAUCACUGUUUGAUAUUUAUGAUACAGGUGUGUCUCCUAUUUUAUAUUAUUUAUGCUUCAUAAAAUUCAUUUUCUGUCAUUCCAUUAAAUGGAUCAUUUUAGCUAUGGAAAAUUGUUUACAGUUCUUGCUGAUGUUUAUGUUUAAUUGAUUUCUAUGGUUCAAUUGUAUGUCAUCACUGAUAUUUGUGUAUUUACACAAGUGGAUGAUGUGCUUAGCGUUUGUUUGGCUGGUGACAAUUAUGAAUGGAGAAUUAUUUUGAUGUAAUUUUCAUCAUUUAUUCCAUCAAAGGCAGCAGAUGAUUAAUGGCAAUGGGAAUCAAUACAAAAUGCCUCUUUCCAGUUUAUACAUAAUAAAUUCCUUGGUCUAUUUUGAUUGAUA